UUGAGUCUGUAAGGUUCUCAUGUGUCGUUUAAGAGCGCAGCUCCGCUCGAGCGCCGCUCAUUGAACUCAGUGUUUGAAAGACUGUACAUCCGCUCGUAGAAAUGGCAGAAACCGCUCCAGCUGCUGCCGCGGCGCCGGCCAAAGCGCCCAAGAAGAAGCCCGCCGCUAAAGCCAAGAAAACGGGUCCAGGCGUCGGUGAACUGAUCGUCAAAGCCGUGUCCGCGUCCAAGGAGAGGAGCGGCGUGUCUCUCGCCGCCCUGAAGAAAGCUCUCGCCGCCGGCGGCUACGACGUGGAGAAGAACAACUCCCGCGUCAAGCUCGCCAUCAAGAGCCUGGUGACUAAAGGCACCCUGCUGCAGGUCAAAGGGACCGGCGCCUCCGGCUCCUUCAAGAUCAGCAAGAAGCAAGCCGAGACCAAGAAGAAACCGGCCAAGAAAGUGGCUCCAAAAGCCAAGAAGCCCGCGGCCAAGAAACCCGCUGCUGCCAAGAAGCCCAAGAGCGCAGCGGCCAAGAAGCCCGCCGCUAAGAAAUCGCCCAAGAAGGCCAAGAAACCCGCCGCCGCAGCCGCUAAGAAAGUGACGAAGAGCCCCAAGAAGGCCAAGAAGCCGGCAGCGCCCAAGAAAGCAGCCAAGAGCCCCAAAAAGACCAAGGCCGCCAAACCCAAAGCGGCAAAACCUAAAGCGGCUAAGCCUAAAGCAGCGAAGCCUAAAAAGGCAGCUCCCAAGAAGAAAUAAAAAUCUUCUGCUGUGUUUCCCAAAGGCUCUUUUCAGAGCCACCCACUAACUCUAAAGAAAGAGCAGAAACAUACAAAAACUACUCUCUCUCUCCAAAGCAGACUUUUAUUAGAUUGUAUGUGUAUUCGAUUCCGGAGAAAAUGUUCUAAAAUCUAGUUAAACUAACUUAUAAAGACAAUAUUUGGUAAACGGUUAUCCAUCAGUCAACUGACAGAUGAUAAAAGUCAUGAAAAACAUUGACCAACUUCCAAAAGUUUACAGCAUUUAAACAAGUCAUCUUAAAAGAGACACUUCUCAAUACUAUAAACCUAUAAAUAAUACCAUAUAUAUUUAUAUACAACAAUUAAAUUGAACUUUGGG